AUGGCCCACCAAAUGAAACGAAACCCACCGCAGCAACCCCCAUCCUUCACAGCAAACCCGGUAUCAAUCACCCAAGACACCAAAUAUCUAAUCGUGCAUGCCCGCGAAGGCCAAAAUCAGAUCAAAAGGAACGUGCAGCCCAGCACCGCAACAUUCACGAACGUCAUUUUGCCCCUUGCCCAUAUCGACAACGCUCUGGCUUCCAAGUCCCAUAUCCUUGUUUUCUAUAGAGCCGUAUCGACUAGUCCCGAAUUGCGGAAUGCCUCCAUGGAGGCUCAGAAUAUUCUGGAUAGCUACAACGUCGAGACAUCGAUGGAUGACGACUUAUUUGCGCUGGUUGACGCAGUCUUCCACAACAAUGCUGAUCUGGAACCAGAAUCCUAUCGCCUGUUGAAGAAGAUAUACAUGGGCUAUAUUCGACACGGGCUGAAGUUGUCGGCUGGUUGCCAGAGGGAUCGAUUUCAAGAGAUUCAGUUGCGGCUUAGUUGUAUUAAGGCUGAGUUUCAGAGAAAUUUGGCCCAGGCGAAUAGUGCCGGUAUCUGGUUUACGGCUGGGGAGUUGGAUGGAUUACCGGGUGAAUUUCUUUCUAAAUUAAUGGGUGGAGAAGUAGGGAAGGUCAACGGGGAUAAGGUCCAAGUGGCACUUAAUGAUUCAGACCUCUUCCAAACACUUAGAUAUGCGAGAGACGGUGAGACGCGGAAACGCAUCUAUAUUGCUAACGAGAAUAAGUGUGGACAGAAUGUGUCCUUAUUCAGGGAAGCUAUACUACUCCGUGACGAAGCGGCUCGUCUGCUUGGGUAUCCCAGCCAUGCUGCUUUGCGGAUUGAAGAUAAGAUGGCGAAGUGUCCGGAGACUGUGAAUUCUUUUCUCGGUGAUCUACAAGCUCGAUUGAGAGAUAAUGGUAUGAAAGAAGUCGACAAGUUAAAGCAACUCAAGAAGGCCGACCUUGAGUCCCGGGGAGAAUCAUUUGAUGAACGGUAUUUUCUGUGGGAUCAUCAAUACUAUCAUCGAAUGAUGUUGGAGAAGCAGUACUCGGUGAACCGACAGAAGAUUGCAGAAUACUUUCCUUUUCAAAGCACUAUUAUGGGUAUGCUGAGGAUCUGCGAGACUUUAUUUGGCCUUUUUUUCAGCGAGUUUAACAGGGACGAGAUGACCAAGCUAGAUAGUCCUGGAGUUGCACAUGUCUGGCAUGAAGACGUGCAGGCCUUUAGCGUCUGGAACAGCGACGAGGAUGGUGACUUCGUCGGGCAUCUUUAUUUGGAUCUUUUCCAUCGGGAAGGUAAAUAUGCAAAUGCAGCCAAUUUCAACCUGAUACCAGGCUUUAUCCUAGAAAACGGCAAACGCCGAUAUCCUGCCACAGCGUUGGUGUGCAACUUCUCCAAGCCUAGUUCUGAAACCCCCUGUCUUUUGAAACACGACGAAGUUGUUACCUUGUUCCACGAAUUGGGCCAUGGAAUCCACGAUCUUGUGUCGAAGACAACUUACUCGCAUUUCCACGGCACAGAGACAGAAGUAGACUUUGGAGAAGCCCCUAGCCAGAUGCUGGAGAACUGGUGCUGGACACCAACAGUACUGCAGUCAUUAAGCAGACACUACUCAUAUAUUUCCUCAGAGUAUCUUGACCACUGGAAAGAACAAGCAUAUAGGGAACCUCAGCCUCAAGAGCAAAUGCCUGACGCGAUGGUUGAGAGCCUCCUCCAAGCUAAACACAUAAAUGGUGCACUGUUCCAUCUGCGUCAGUUGCAUUUUGGUAUCUUUGAUAUGGUAGUCCACGAGUCUGAUGACCGCCAUGCGAUUGAGGGAUUGGACGUCUCCGCGAAGUACAACGAGCUUCUAGCUAGGAUUCUACCGAUGGAUAGCCCCGAGGGUGACGACUGGGGCCAUGGUCAGACACGUUUCCAACACUUGCUGGGGGAAUAUGAUGCAGGGUACUAUAGUUACUUAUUGUGA